AUGUCUACAUCCGGGGUUCAGCGACAACACCAACGCGACGAAGAAGAGCAACCAACUCAAAAAUAUGAAGAUCACGACACACCCCACGACUCAGAUGACGAGCUGAUGGUUUACGAGACCCCGCGCGACUAUGGUUCCUGGGCACGCCAAGAGCGCGACCGUCGCCUAGCUAGCGGCACUGAUCCUGACAUGGUCAUCUUACAAAGCGAAGUACGCGAUCACGUUCCACGCCAAGGCGGCGAAUCUGGUGCCGAGUAUGCGAAGCGUUAUUGCAACACAAUGAACUCCAUGAUUGGACGUGGAGUUGUCAUCUUGAACGACCAGUGUACUGCUGAUGUUGUGGCCUCGAGUUUUCGAACGGGUGACGGAAGGCGCUUUGAUCUAGGCCCAGGGUCUGGAGCGACAAAAGGAGAAUUUCGGAAAUUCGGGCGGUGGUUCUCUAAGAGUACCAAGGCGGGCACGAUUCGCGAAGUGCCGGAACAGUGGAAGAAAUUCGAAAAGCAAGAGCCAAGCCCGGAUACGCAUGGAAAUUGA